AUCAAGCCGCGCGACCGUUCGUCUCUCACUCCCUGCGCCAGUUCCAGAGGUGUGGGGGAGCCAUGGCUGCUGCGAACCCGUGGGACCCGGCGUCCGCGCCGAGUGCGGCUGGGCUACUGCUGAACCACUGGGUGGCUUCGGGGAUGGUCACUGAGGAGAUGUUAGGUACAUCUAAGAAAAUGGUUCCUUGCUUUGAGAACUUCUCCAGAUCACAGCAGAUCUCAGAUAUGAAAGCUAAAAUCUACCAGAACAACCUGGAAAUUGAACUUCUGAAAUUAGAAAGGGAUACAGCAGAUCUUAUUCAUCCUUCCUAUUUGGUUGAGAAGUGUGAUACCCUGCAAAGCAUGAAUAGUCAUCUGGAAGCCGUGCUAAAAGAGAAGCGGGCCAUCAGGCAAAGAUUGCUGAGACCCAUCUGCCAGGAAAACUUGCCAAUGGAAGCUGUUUAUCACAGACAUAUGGUACAUUUGUUGGAACUGGCUGUGACUUUCAUUGAGAAAUUAGAAGCCCAUCUUGAAAAAAUUAGAAAUAUCCCUCAUUUAAAUGCAAACCUAGCCGAAAUGAGAAAGGCUUUAUCCAAGAUGGACAAUUUGGUGAACGAGACAGAAGAACUGGCAGAGAAUAUACUCAGGUGGCGAGAACAACAGAAGGAAAUUUCUUUGUGUGUCCCCAAAAUCCUUGCUGAGGAAAAUUAUCUUCACAAACUUGAUAGAGUACCUCCUUUACCUUUUGUUUCUAAAGUCCAUGCCCAAACUGUUAAUGCCAAGUGAUUGCCAUAUUUACUUUUGCUUAAUUACGUGAAGUCAAAGAAGUCCAUUUCCAGGUGAUUUGUGACAGGGAUAUUGGUAGACUUUGUUGCUAGCAACUCUGAAAAAAACCUCUUCUAUUGGAGUGCCUGGGCCAGGGAGAUGUCAGCAGGAAAAGCUCCUGCUUCAAGCCUGACACCCUGAGCUGCUCAAUCCCUGGGAUCCACAUACCACUUUUUCAUAUUUUCCUCUCUUUGAUACAGCUAAAAAAGAUCAAAUAUAUGUGUGUUAACCUACUAUGAGUGAAUUGGACACUCAUCAGACAGAAUCUGUAUUAUGAUUCUGUGUCAUGUCUUUUAAAAACAUUUCUGAAUUGGAAUAUCCCGAGUCUGACAAUUUUUGUGUGAUUAUCCCUGUUGAGACUGCGGAAUGGUCGUCACUCAGCGGGCCUGUUGCCCCUGAAGUCUUAAUGAAGUGGUAGCUCCAUGGCUGGCACACCGCUGAGAAGGGCUGUGUGACCAGGCUGUGCAGGGAGGCUCUGCGGGACACUUGCUCUCCUGAGAGUCUGGGUGCUGGUGUGUACCAGGCAGGAAGACCUUUGCUACUGGAGUCUAGGAUGCUGGUGUGUACCAGGCAAGAAGACCUUUGCUACUGGUCCCUGGAAAAAUCCCGGAGCACCACAUCCUUAUCAAUUUUGGUGGUAGACAGCAUUUCACAGUGUGACAGUUCAAUUGCUGGAGUGUGGUGACACUAGUUCUCAUACAUCCCCUUAGCAGAUCACUGGACCUGCUUGUCUUCUCAGGAGUGCCUAGGAGACAAAUGCCGAGGAUGAAGAACUAUGAGAGGGGAAAGAAAAGGCAUAUUGCAAUCAAAUUUAGAAAUUUUUGUUUCGAUACUUUUUAUAUGUAGCCAAGGUAGAACUUGAACUUACUGUGUAGCCCAGGCCUCCCAAGCGCAUGAAUCACAGACAUGUGCCAUCACAUCCGGCUGAAGUUUAGAGGUUUGUAAUGGAAAAUAGGGUAUAUUUUACCUACCUAGGGCUAGUCAUGAAAUUAGAGACUAGUCUACUUAAAGUAGAAUAGUAACAACUACCUCAAGCUGUUCUCGCUUACUUUGUUACUGUAAGUACCCUGGCUUAUGUUUAAAUCCUUUGAAAUGUGUGCACCAGUGUGUCCAUCCUGUUGAAGCGUGUGCACCAGUGUGUCCAUCCUGUUGAAACGUGUGCACCAGUGUGUCCAUCCUGUUGCAGUCUGUGUCGUGGAGUCCAGCGAACCUUCUGUUCAUCACAGGUUCAAUAUAAGGCUUCACCUGUUAGAUAGUAAAAUAGAUGUCCAUAAAAAACAGGAUCCUUAACCCUACACCCUGAAAAAACAACUAUUAAAAACAGCAGAUCAUUAUUUUGAGAAAGUCUACAGCUUUUACAAAUGUACCGUGCAAAAGUGGUGUUGAGAUUUUGACCAUCACCCAGAUAACUGAUCAAAAUCCUUAUUUGUAUUUUAUCUCAAACCUCUUUUAAUAUCUAUUCAUUUUCCUUGUAUAUUAUGUAUAGAUAUAUUCAUUAUCAUGUUACCACUAUUGUUACCCUGUUGGUUUUGUAUUUAUAUUUCCUACUAAUGCCUCAAGAUGUAAAAAUAAACUAAUUUCAACUAAA